AUGCAUCAAGUAGGAAAGAAAAAUAACUCGGAAAAAGUUGUUCUUUUCAUUAUGUCUCUCCCUACUGACAAUUUCCUUGACGCAGUUCGCGUAUCAUCCAGAAAAUGUAUCGAAAAAAGUGCAGUCAAGAUAUCCGACGAAGGCAUACGUACUUUCCUUCAGAACCUCGACAAGCAUCAGUUUGAAGAGCUUGCAAUCGACUCUCCCAUGCGCAUGCCUCUCAAGUUCAAUUCAGUGGCAGAAGAAAUCAAUUUUGUCAGUUUUAUUGACUUAUUAAACUUUGGAAGCGGCUAUCGUGUACCUCUUCAUGAAUUGGCUGGUAGAGGUGCUUUCGAUACUAUCCGCUUUGGUGCCAUGUCUUUUCACAUCGGAGGGACACCUAUGACAGCCAAUAAAUUCAAAAAUAUCACAGCCUAUGAAGUAUCAGAGAUCUUCCAGAUCCCUAUUGAGCGUGAUGUUCAUCCUCCCAACAUGCCCUUUGUCACAAUGUCCGAACCGACUCCUCUUAAGCCAUUGGCGGUUGGAAUUGCUUCCGUUCUCAAUACUACUGGUGAAUUCCUCGAAAAGCAUCACUACAACGACAUGGCUAGUUUUAUAUUGGAUGUUACCAAGCCGCAGUCGAAUCAGAUGCCCUCUGCUUCCAGACUUGUAGAGCAUCUCGUAAGAGCGCUGCCGGGAUUGCAGGAUCUUUACACUAUCGACGGUGAAGAUGUAUACAUUUUUAAAAAGGCACAGAUCCUCACUUAUCACUUGUGGAUGUUCUUUAAGGAUCAGGAUCCUGAUCGAUUUGACUUUGCAGACAUUGAACGUUUGACAAUCUUUUCUGAUAAUGUGAUUCCUACUAUGCUAGAACAUCUAGGAAUCUUGGUUAUUCCUUCUGAAUGGAAGCAAGAUAUUGUAGAUAAUAAGGACAUUGGUGAAGAAAAGGCAACGAUUCUUCGAGCAGCUGCUAUUGUGGCAUGUGAUAAAAUUGUUCAACUGACACGGUCAUCAUCACCCAUUGGACAAAUCACAAACAUGAUUGAAGGUGACCUUGAUGUGUAUCUCUGGAGACUUGGAAAGGAAGGCGAAUAUCGAAAUAUUCCUCGGAUUGAGUGGAGGGACACAGUGAUGUUUUAGCUAGUCUUUAUUUAAAAUAUACAAUAAAAAUAUUUAUAUAAGCAUU